GGUGAAGUCGGCACCACUAUCUACUCCAAUUCUCGCUAUCCGCUUAAGGUUUCACAAAAGCUUUGAAUAGCGUUCUUUCUUUGUGUCCUCUUCAUUUGUCACUCACCACCGCACACCACCUAAUCCUUGGUGCAAUUGUGUAACUGUGAUGUCGUAUGCUCGAAAAAAACCGUUUCUUUCUCUUAUUCAUGACUCCUAUGACUGAAAGAGAGGCAUCUAUGGCCCCGUCAUUUAACCCUAAAAUGCCCUAAAAACAUGGUUCACAACAGACUGCAACAUAAUCGAUUUGGGGAUCCAUUUGGAAAGUCAUCUGAAGCAGCACUUGCUGGAGCAAAGUCGAAUGAACAAAUGCAACCCAAAAAGAAAUUAAGCGACGAGAAUAAAGAACUGAAUCGGCAGUUACAAGUGGCAUCAACAGUAAACCAACAUUGUCCACAUUUGGAGGUGGUGGUUGAAGGUUGGGUUUUGAGUGGAAAUACAAAAGAUAAGCUUGGUGCAGUGACCAGUAGAGCUAAAGAAGGUAAAGAUCCAAAUUUUAUAAGCAAGAAAGAAGAAUCUUUGAAGAAGAAGUCAAAGAUUGGUGGUGAAGAAAAAAUAAACAAUGAUCAGGAAGCAGAACAUGCGAAUAUUAUGAGACUAGGAACAUGGGUGUCUACUAUUCCGCAUCUGUUACCUCAACUAGCAUUCAAUGGAAUCAUUUACAUAUUUACUGGAGAGAAUUUCUCAGGAGCGAACGUUUUGAAAUUAGGCCGUAUUUUUUUUGGAAAUACCCACUGCCCCCACCUACGUUCCUCUACCAAACAAUGAAAUCCUAAAGAAAAUGGAAUCUUAUGGUCUCAUGAGGCAUAUCGACUUGAAGUUGCUUUUUGAUAUGAAAAAUGGUUGCAACUUGGUAAAAAAAAAACAUAAUUAUUUUUGUCCAAUCACAAAAAGACCAUAUUACCCUUUCAAAUGUGGCUUUAUUACACCCAAAUUUUUUUUUUUAAUUGACUAAACAAAAUCGAAGUCCACUCUUUCAGGUGAAGUCAACUCUCGUUCAAUUCUUCUUUUUGUCAAGACAUUCAAGCAAAUGUAAACUGUAGGGAUGAUCCAAUAGUUGGGUAGUUUCAUG